AUGUUGGACUUUACAUUGGAUCGUUUUGUUGCAGAAGUGAGAAAGGAAGAUGGCCAAGAGUAUCCUGGAAAGACUCUAUAUGAAAUUUUGAGCAGCAUUCAAAUGUAUUUACGUGUGCAACGUAAGCGAAAUAUAACUUGGAUCGACAAGAAAGGUUGUACAUUUAGAAAUCUGAAUUCUGCUGUAAACUUCGUACUGAAAGAAAGAGCACGGCAAGGCAUAGGAGUAGACGUUAACAAGGCAAAUUUGAUAACACACGAACAAGAAAACUAUUUGUGGCAACAUGGUUUUCUAGGUAGCGAAAAUGCAGAAUUACUUUGUGAUACGUUGUGUGACGAAUUGGGGCGUGAAUUUUUGCAGUAUACCAAGGAUAUCAGUAAGACAAAUAGCGGGGGAUUGAGCCAUUUGUGUAUCAAAAGGAAAGUUGUUCCUGCAUAUAAGAAUUUGACAAAUGUUGAGCGAUACCCGGCUGAGCUGUAUAAAAAAUACUUGUCUCACGUGCCAAAUAAAGUCAGCGACAACGCAUUUUAUUUGCGCGCUUUGACAAAGCCAAAUGGGGAAAUAUGGUACUACAAAAAGGCAGCAGGGAGAGAAACUUUAGGAAUGGUUGUAAAGGAAAUUAUGAAAAAAGCGCAGUUCGAUGGGCAGUACACUAAUCACUCCCUCAGGCGUUCUUGUGCUACACGGUUGUAUGAUGGUGGUGUUUCAGAACAACUUAUCCAAGAAACGACCGGUCAUCCUUCUUCCGAUGGAGUCAGGGCAUAUAAAUGUACCUCAUCAGCUCUCAAAAGGGAAGCAAGCAAAAUUUUGCAGGGUUCUCUUUCAAAAAAGGCUGUAAUUGAUGUAGAGAAAAAGGACGAAAGCGGUACUGGGGAGAUUAUACUUCACGAGAGGUUAAAGUAG